AUGUUCCGUUACGUGCCUAAAAGAUUGGGCAGCUAUGCCCCCAUGAAAAUGUCCACCAGAACCAGCAUAAUCUCUGUCCACAGAGACACUAAAGAGGACAACCAACAGAUGCCUUUUGAGUUCACGGCCGAGAACUUGAAGAGGGCCAAGGAGAUCAUUGCCAAGUAUCCACCUCAGUACAAAAAGGGCGCAUGCAUGCCGUUGUUGGACUUGGGCCAGCGCCAGAUUGGUUUCACCUCGAUUUCUGUCAUGAACUACGUUGCCAAGAUGUUGGACAUGCCUCCAAUGAGAGUGUACGAAGUGGCCACUUUCUACACCAUGUACAUGAGACACCCUAUGGGCAAGUACAAUAUCCAAGUCUGCACCACCACGCCCUGUCAAUUGUGUGGCUCUGAUGAAAUCAUGAAGGCAGUCACUGACUUUUUGAAGAUUAAGCCGGGCCAGACCACUCCAGACAAGUUGUUCACUCUUCAAGAGGUGGAGUGCUUGGGUGCGUGUGUCAAUGCUCCAAUGCUCGCUGUCGGUGACGACUACCAUGAAGACUUGACCCCAGAAAAGACCGUCGAGCUCUUGCAAAAGUUGAAGGACGGCAAGCCCGUGGAAAAGGCCGGGCCUGUUUCGGGCAGACACUCUUGCGAGCCUUUGAGCGGAAGAAAGGUGUUGAAGGCCGCAGAGCCAACCGACAUCCGCAAGUUCACCAGAGCGGACUUGUAG